CCUGUAUUUGCAGCUCAGAUUGCAUAGUUUCAGCUACAGGCAAAGAUGAAGACAUGGAGGUGAGACGCCCCUGUGUCCCCUUACUGCUCCCAACGCUGCUCAGUUUCUUGGCAGGCAUCAUAAUUAGCCAAGCACUGACUCCCCACCGCCAGGUGAAUGGGAUUCUAGGAGGAUCGAGCUUGCUGGCUGUGGAUCUAUUGCCUGGGAAAAAUGUGAACAAAAUUGAAUGGAGCUUUCGUGCUGGGUCGGGUGUGAAGAUUCAGGUGGCUGAGUUCAACGGGAGGAAGUUUGAGCGACCCGAUCCCAACGACAGAUUUAAGCAGAGGCUAGAAAAGUACAAUGAGACCUCGCUGAGGAUCAGGGUUCUGGAGCUGGACGAUCGCGGAGUUUAUGAGGCCCGGCUUAAGAUAGUACCAGCAACUGUGGAGGAACAGGCCUUUCUCCUCGCGGUCUAUGAGCCAGCGCCAGCGCCAGAGAUAAAGAGUCACUCGCUCUCCAGCACGGCAGCUGGGUGCAAUGUCACUCUGCAGUGUGAGGUGUCUGUCAGGGAAAAGGUUAACGUCUCCUGGAGUAGAGGGAACCCACCUCGAGACCUGGGCAAUUUGGAGCGGUACCAGCUCACUCCUGAUGGCAGGACCCUUCACCUGUCUCUGCAGCCCAACCCCCCAGACUCGACCUUCACCUGCACGGCCAGCAACCCCGGGGACCAGAAGAGCAUCUCACUUGACCUGCAGAGCAAGUGCCAAAGCAGAGACACAUCCAUGUGGAUGGGGCCUCUUUGCAGUGGACUGAUCGUCGUCACAGCAGCCUGUGUCGGGAUGUGGCUAUGGAAGACAAGGAGGAAAAAGCCAAUCGGCCGAGCUGCUGUCCCCACGGUCCCAGAGGAGGAAUGUCCUUCAGAGCCCCACUAUGCUGAGAUCAAGAGGAGGAGCCCUCCGGAGGGGAACGACCAGGACCCUGGCUUCCCAAGCGAGAGACCACCCAUCACCACCAUCUAUGAUCAGAUCCGAGUGGUCCCAGCUGGCCCCUCUGAGCAGGUUGCCUAGGCCAGCAGGCUGAUGGCCUGGGAACAGCUCAGCAGUGUUUGCCUUGCGAGUGGGAGUGGAGCUUUUGGCCAUGGUACCAGUCAGCAGAAGCAACUACUGAUCUGGGGUCAAGUCCACCUGGUGGGGUGAUGCCAAAUGGAUGAGACACACACGCUCAAAGAACCACAAAUCUGCUCCUUGGCAGGAGGUGAGAGCUGGUGGGGUAGAGUUUUAUCUUGGAAUUAGAGCAGGAGGCUGGGAAUCAGGACUCCUGGGUUCUGUCCCCACCUCUGGGCAGGAAUGUGGUCUGCUGGGGGGAGGACUAGGAGUCGGGGCUCCUGGGUUGUAUGCCCAGUUAAGGGAGAGGAGUGUUAUCUAAUGGUUAGAGCAGGAGGAGCGUGGAAACCAGGACUCCUUAUUCCCCCUGACUCACUCCUCAGCUGUGCUUCCUGUUAAUGAGAUUUCCCUGCCUCCAGGGGAGGGGAUUUGUGUAAAACUCAGCUGAAGUGCUUUGAGAUUCCCGAGCAAAAGACACACACUCUCACACUCUCCCCCCUCACACACACUGCGUGCACACACAGAGCAACCUUGCAAAAUACAAUCAUUUCUGUCUGCUUUGUUUCAAAAUAGAAGCGCCAAAAAAAGUGUGUGGCAGAGACAACAAAGUCCUGCAGCAUCCUUGGAGGAUCUUCUGGUGGAAAGUGUGUGUGUUCUUGUGGGUCAGGAUCAUAUGUCGCCUCUCGAGGAGGUAGCUGUGGCAGAUGUAAGACCUUGGAGUUUGCAAGACUCUGCUGAAAAUGCCCCAGACACGCAGGGCCUUUUGGGACAAGAAGUGGGAAAUGGAUUUCCUGGGAGAAUCCCAAGGGAAAGGUACAUGCAAAUUCCCCCAUCUCUGGUUCUGCAACCCCCCCGCUCCCCCAGCCUUUCGAAGCUAUGCCCUGGGGAGGCCUCAUUGUCUGCUGCAAACAUGUGAUGUGAGGCCAUGAAAGAAAAAGCUGAUCUGCCCAAUCUCUGCUCUGGUUCCAGACCUAAGACAGACGAAGUUGAAACCAUGGGAGAAAAACCCAGUUGUGGGUUUUCAAGGACUGAACCUACCAGAGCCCGAGGUUGGGGCUGGGGCUGGGCUCUGGGAAGCUUUUGAGCGUGUCUAGGUUAUCCUGCCGUCUUCAUCUGUUUGCUCUGUAAUGCUUUUACCUUAAGAAUAAAGGCAUUAGCCCAGCAGGA